AUGGCUUCCGACGCCCCCAAGGACUUGCCUGUUAGGCCCGCCGCUGAGGCGAAAUCUGGCAGUGCCGACUCAAUCCCAGAUUUUAUGGUCGAGCGAAACAACCUGUUUGAGCAACUAUGGCAGGAGCAUCUCGAAGAAGUCAAAAACAAGCCCCAUUCCGAAAUCAAUGUCACGCUUAGCCUCGGUGACGGAAAUACCUCUGUUAUCCCCGCGAAAGCUUGGGAAACCACCCCAGCACAGCUGCUUAAGCACGUCCCCAAAGAAGUGAGCGCCGAAGUCGUUAUUUCAAAGGUUGAUGGUCAACUCUGGGAUCUGGGUCGCCCAUUGGAGGGCGAAUGCACGGUCUCUUAUGUUCCGUUCAGCGACCCAGAGGGCAGGGAGGUUUUUUGGCACUCAAGCGCUCACUGUCUGGGUGAAGCUUGCGAAUGCGAGUAUGGAUGUCUCCUAUCUCACGGACCGCCUACCCCUCAAGGCUUCUUCUACGACAUGGCUAUGCCUGAUAGCCGCGUCGUUAAAGAGACAGAUUGGAAGGUCCUUGACAACAGGGCAUCUAAAAUUUUCAAGGAGAAGCAGAGUUUCGACAGACUGGAGGUUUCCAAGGAGAACCUCAAGAAGAUGUUUGCGUACAGCAAGUACAAGCUGCACUAUAUUGACAAGCUUGUGACUGGAGAGAAGAGCACUGUUUACCGAUGCGGUACGCUUGUGGAUCUCUGCCGGGGCCCUCAUAUCCAGAGCACUGGCAAGGUCAAGACCUUCAAGAUCAUGCAGAACUCCUCUGCCUACUUCCUGGGUGACCAGAGCAACGAUUCUCUACAACGUAUCCGUGGUGUCGCCUUCCCCGAUAAGAAACAGAUGCAGGAGCACCUUAAGUUCUUGGAGGAGGCUGAAAAGCGAAACCAUUUGAGGAUCGCCAAAGAACAAGAGCUUUUCUUCUUCGAUGAAGCAUCACCCGGUUGCCCGUUCCUGCUCCCCAACGGUGUCAGAAUUUUCAAUGCCCUCCAGUCCCUUCUACGUUCGGAGUACCGCAAGCGAGGAUACCAAGAAGUCCAGACACCAAACAUGUAUGAUGUUGGUUUAUGGAAGACAUCUGGUCACUGGGCUCAUUACAAAGACGACAUGUUCAGACUUGACGUUGAAAAGAGGGAAUGGGGUCUUAAGCCUAUGAACUGCCCUGGUCACUUCCUUCUUUUUGGCCACCGUGAACGAAGCUACAGAGAGCUUCCGAUGCGAAUUGCGGAUUUCGGUGUCUUGCACAGAAACGAGGCAUCGGGGGCGCUGCACGGUCUUACCCGUGUUCGGAAGUUCCAGCAAGAUGACACCCACAUUUUCUGUACCCAGGAUCAGAUUGUGUCGGAAAUUGCAGGCCUCUUCGACUUCCUCCAAUGUAUUUACGGGCUCUUCGGUUUCACCUUCAAGCUGAAGCUUUCUACUCGCCCAGAGAAGUAUCUCGGUGAACUUGAGACGUGGAACUACGCUGAAGAGCAACUUAAAAAAGCCUUGACGAAAUUCAAGGGUGAUGACUGGAUCAUCGAUGAAGGUGAUGGUGCAUUCUACGGCCCCAAGAUCGAUAUUACGAUUGCCGAUGCUCUCAACAGAGAGUUCCAAUGUGCUACUAUUCAGCUUGACUACCAGGCACCCCUCAACUUCAAGCUUGAAUACAUGACUGGCGAAAAGAGCCAGGCCGCUCAAGAAGAGGAGAAAAAGGAGGCGAAUCCCAAGUCUAACGAGCCCGGUCCAGGCCGUGCCCGCCCCGUUGUCAUCCACCGUGCCAUCAUCGGCAGUUUCGAGCGAUUCUUGGGUAUUAUCACCGAGCACUUUGGCGGCAAGUGGCCGUUCUGGAUCAGCCCGCGCCAGGUCCUGAUUGUGCCUGUCAUGCCUGCUGUAUACGACUAUGCCCAGGAGGUGCAGAAGAUUCUGCAGGACGACAAGCUCUACGUUGACGUUGACCUCAGUGGAAACACUCUUCAGAAGAAGAUCCGCACUGGCCAAUUAGCUCAGUACAACUUCAUUCUGGUUGUUGGUGCCGAAGAGAAGGAGGGCAAGUCGGCCAACAUCCGCAACCGUGAUGACACGGCCACCCAGAGCAGAGGUGUUGUUAUUCCUCUUGACGAAGCCCGACAGAAGUUCCGGGUUUUGCGUAAGGAGCGUAGAUUGAACAGCACCAUCUAA